UCAUCGGGUCUUCUUCCUCCUGCGCUCGGAUUUAGCAUGCCUUAGCACAUCCAUCCACGUAUUCGACCCGCCUUCCUCUCCCUGUCGUACCACGACCGCUGCAAGGCCUCUGACGCUCGCAGCACCACCAGAACGAGGAAGGCGGAGAGUGUGGAAUGGUGGUGGGGAGAUGGAGUUCUGGCCGGAGUUCAUGGCGAGCAGCUGGGGGAGGGAGUUCGUGGCGGGAGGGAUCGGCGGCAUGGCCGGGGUCGUCUCGGGCCACCCCCUCGACACGCUCCGCAUCAGCCUGCAGCAGCCGCCGGCUCCAUCGCCCGCCGCUGCCGCUACCGCUACCGCCCGCCGCCCCGUCUCGGCCGUGGGCCUCCUCCGCAGCAUCCUCGCGACCGAGGGCCCCGCCGCGCUCUACCGCGGCAUGGGCGCCCCCCUCGCCUCCGUCGCCUUCCAGAAUGCCAUGGUCUUCCAGGUGUAUGCAAUCUUCUCCAGAGCUUUUGAUUCCAAGAGCAUGAACGAACCCCCUUCCUAUACAAGUGUUGCGCUGAGUGGAGUUGGAACGGGCGCCUUGCAGAGUCUGAUACUAAGCCCGGUCGAGCUUGUGAAGAUAAAGCUUCAGCUGCAGAUGACCGGCGAAAAGGGCUACAAAAGAGGUGGGAUAGGACCGAUCAGCAUUGCCAAGGAGAUCGUAAACAAGGAAGGGAUGAAAGGUGUAUACCGAGGCCUAUGGAUCACUGUCCUGAGAGAUGCACCUUCACAUGGAGUUUACUUCUGGACAUACGAGUACGCAAGAGAGCAGAUUCACCCGGGCUGCCGGAAAACUUGCCAGGAAAGCCUUGGAACGAUGCUGGUCGCCGGAGGAUUAGCAGGAGUGGUGAGUUGGAUCUGCUGCUACCCUUUAGAUGUGGUGAAGUCCAGACUGCAGGCGCAAUCGAAGCCUCAGGCCGGCCAGCCGCCGCCGAAGUACCUCGGAAUUGUGGACUGCAUCCGCAAGAGCGUACAAGAAGAAGGUGUUGCUGUGCUGUUCCGAGGAAUGGGGACUGCUGUUGCCCGGGCCUUUGUUGUCAAUGGAGCCAUCUUCUCUGCUUAUGAGUUAGCUCUUAGGUCCUUGGUCAGCAACAGUCGAGGGCUGGCAAUGGAGGAGACCUGAGCUCUCAAGGGUGAAGUAAAACUAGGAAUCCUGUUCCAUAUAUGUUCAUUGGAGUAUGAGAUUACUCAUCCAUAGUUUGUAUCCAAUGUUUAGAUUCUGUUGUGCAGAAAGAAAAGAUCAUAUUUACGUCCUGUUAGACAUAAGACACUUGGUGACAAGAACUCGGUUCGAUGUAGCUAUGAAUGAAAGAACUGAGUUUGAAGUA